GUCCCACUCCAGGAUCAACACAAACGCCGACCGACUCAGAUAAGCGAAGGACUCUCAGGCGAGGAGCCAGCUACAGCCACUUCAUAUCACAAGAAGAUCUGGAGACAUUUAAUACUUUGCUCAAGUCGCCGUAGUUUCCGUGCCGCUGAUGCCAACAGAACUGGUGUAAAUAAAGAAGUAUUCGUAAAAUACACCCGGAGAGCCCCGUAACUUGGGGUUGAAUACUUCACACCUUUCCCCUGCCAAACCCGGUUGGGUAAAGAGUAGUGCAGUAAAAUGGAGAGCCUCCACUCCCAUUGCCUUAAAUGCAUCAACAGAAGAUGCAUGGUAAGACCAGAGACCGGUGUUUCCUGCGAUCUCAUCGGCUGUCCUCUUGUCUGUGGGGCAGUUUUUCAUUCGUGCAAACUUGAGGAACACCGCCUACUGUGUCCAUACGAACGGUUGCCAUGCCUUAACAGCGGAUUUGGCUGCCCAUUCACUAUUGCAAGGAUCAAGAUGGCACAACACCUUGAAACCUGCCCAGCUAGUAUAGUAUGUUGUACUAUGGAGUGGAAUCGCUGGCCCGUGAGCUACUCCGAUCGCAAGUCCUAUGAAAACUUGAGUAAAGACUUUGACGAGGUGGAACAGCUAGACAUGGCCUUGGCCCUGCAGGAUCAGAGGAUGUUGUUAGAAUCCCUGAAGGUUACGACCACCGUGUCAAAGAAUGGUGAUAAGGAAGGCGAUGAAAGUGUCAAAAUGGCCACGACAUCGAGUCUGCCAGAGACAAUGAUGGUCAAUGGAAACAUGGAAAUGGAAGAGGAGCCCUACAAUGAGCUGUAUAGAACCUCGGUGGAAACUAGCAGAAGUUUAGCAGUGGCCUUGGACAUCCUCUCCAAUUCCAAAGAUAUUGGUGCAAUUGUUGGAAAUUUAAAUGGGGAAAAGACCGACAAGAAUGGAGCCCUGAGCAAUGGAGAAAAUGGUGAUAGUCAUAAUGUUUAUGCUGCUGAGGGUGGGAAGAAUGUGGAUAUGCAGGAGAGUGACUCUGAUUCUGAGUGUGAGCUUGGAGCAGUAGGUGGAGUGGACUGUGCAGUGGGUGCAGAUGGAGAAGAUCCAUCUGACUGGGCAGAAGAAAAUGAUUUUGUGGAGCUGUUUUUUGAAGAGAAGGAAAACGUUAUUGAGGAGCCAAUAAAUGAUUCCGAUCCUGUUUGGCCAGAGAUGCCUCAGGAUUACAUGCCUGUUUUAGCACUGGAACCUCCUGUGCCUGAACAAGCACCACUUUCACCUCCAAUGCCAUUCCUGCUGUCUGAUCAUGUGAGAAAUAACUUCUUACAACACUUACCAACUGAACUCAGGUAUAGGUGUUUGGAGCGUAAACUACAGAAUGUAGAGGUGCUUAGGGGAAUUAGUAUGUUUACAUUUAACGGGCGCCGGGCUCUGCUGUCAGAUCCUUACUUGUUUCGAGCAAAGAUGGAGGACAAGGCAGUAGAUACAUCUGACCUGGAAGUAGCAGAUGACCCCAUGGGCCUCCAUGGCAUUGAUCUCAUCACUGCAGCUUUGCUGUUUUGCCUUGGCGACUCUCCGGGAGGCAGAGGAAUCUCAGACAGCAGGUUUGUUGAUGGCUACCAUAUUGACUUUGGUACUCAGACAUUCUCUUUUCCCUCAGCCAUUCUUGCAACCAACACCAUGGUUGGAGAUAUCGCCUCAGCCUCAGCCUGCGAUCACGCCAGCCCGCAGCUUUCAAAUCCAAGCCCCUUCCACACUCUGCGGCUGGACCUGGUGCUCGAAUGUGUGGCUCGAUACCAAACAAAGCAGCGAUCCAUGUUCACGUUUGUCUGUGGGCAGCUGUUCCGGCGGGAUGAGUUCUCAUCUCACUUCAAAAAUGUUCACGGCGAUAUUCACGCCGGACUCAAUGGCUGGAUGGAGCAACGCUGCCCCUUGGCCUACUACGGCUGCACCUACUCCCAAAGACGGUUCUGCCCAUCUGUACAGGGAUUCAGAAUCAUCCAUGACAGGCACCUCGGCUCAUUUGGGGUUCAGCCUGGUUUGCCCUUAAAAACCGGGGACGGCCUCCCGCGAAACACCUGCCACUUUCGUUCUCGGUGUGAUCAGUUCAGCAGUCUUCCAUUUGAGGUGUUGCAACAUGUAGCAAGCUUCCUGGACAGCUUUAGCUUGUGCCAACUGUCCAGAGUGUCCCGCACAAUGAGAGAAGUGUGUGCCAGUCUGCUCCAGAUGCGUGGCAUGGUCGUCCUGCUGUGGGAGAAGAGACGACGUCCUGAUGGGUCUCCUUCAUGGCAGAUCACAGACAAGGUGUGGCGGUUCAGCACAGCCUUUGGGACCGUGAACGAGUGGAAGUUUGCCAACAUCGCCAGCAUGGCCGACCACCUCAAGAAGUGCAAGUUCAAUACGAUUGCUCGUCGGGAGGAGGCGAUCCCUCUGCCUUGCAUGUGUUUCACCAGAGAGCUCACAAAAGAGGGAAGGUGUUUACGUUCCGUUCUCAAACCAGUAGCAUAAGUGUUUUUUGUUUUUUUUUUUUAAAUGAAAUCAUUUUCUUGGACAUUUCAGAGACCAUUAGAACUCAAAUACACACGUAUUUUCCUCCAGUGUUUACAGACUUUAAUCUCUUCCAACUUCAGAAUGACAGAAAACACCCAGUUGAACAAUUUAAAAUGUUGGCUGUUCUUUGCGUCACAGUGGAAGAAAAAUCUUGACCCCCCUCGAUAAGACAAAGCCAGUACUGUGCCGAUUUUUACUUGAGUGAAGGCUGACUUGCUGCAACCACAGAUCAGGACUGUGAACGAGCAAAUUCAGUUGCUAGCCUUGUAUCUUCUCCUCUGAUGGAUUUUAUUAAUAGCAGUGUACCGAAGUUGUACCCUCAUCUGCUCUGACAUUGUGUAAAUGAUCAGAUUGUUUUUGAUCCACAACUUUUUUUUAUUUUUGUAUCAAAAAGUCAGUACUGUGCUUCAAUGGAGGUGAGAGUAGAGCCUUAUGAUACACUUGAUUUUUCUAGCCUUGAGCUUGUUGAGAACAUCUUGGGUGAGAUUUCUCUGCUGCUUCGAGCUGGAGCGGUUUACUGGUAUCUUGCAUGGCUUUAUGUCUUCUCCUGAUACCUGGAGUGACCAUAUGUGUACCGCUUAGAGCCCACAGAUUUAAUGGCUUUAAUUCUACAUUUUAAGACUGACCAAACAUCUGUGGUAGCUGUGCACAAUGUAACGGACAGGAUGGUCGUGCUGUAUUUACUGUGGGCGUUGAUUUUUUUUUUCCCACCAGCAUCAGGCACAUCACCAUCAUCAUGUUGGGUGUGUUUUGGCACGUUGUCACGGUGACAAAGGUGAUCCAUAUUCUCCCCCCCCCCCCUCAUCUUUUCUCUGACUGAUAGGCUGGCAUGUUAGUCAGGUAGAUGAAAUGACACUAUUCAUCAACCAUGUGGCAGAACAUCUUAGCAGUGGUUGGCUUGUGGUUUGUCUAUUCUACCAGCUCUUUUCUCUCUCUUUUUUUUUUUUUGCAAGUAACCAGCAAUGGUUUGUAGGUUUUAUACAAAAAUCUAAAUGUAGCAAGAAAAACGAUGAAUGUACUCGGUGAAAACUAGAAUCCAUCCUCGACUGUGGUUAAUGAGCAGAAAACCUCCCUCAGAGUCAGACCUCAUGAAACCCUGCAGGCCAGGUGUUAAGACAUUUAACGGGCACAGGCUUCCCUCCAGUAAUGAGCAUCACUAAUUAUGUUUUUAUUCACUAUUUAACGUGGUUGGGUGUUUUUGACACUACAUGUGUUCAAAGGUUGUUGGCGUCUCAGGGUAGCAGCAUGAAGCUUUUGUCUCACAGCAGAUGUGUGUGGUCAACAGUGAAGCAGAGAACGACAGGACGACUUGUCAGCUACUUGAUUAUUGUGGGGUCUUAGAACUGACUGCUGUACCACUCAGUAUUAUAAAAGCAUAACGGAGUGUGUGUGUGUGUGUGUGCGCGCGUGUGUGUGUGUUGCAGUGCUGGACUAACAAAUUACAUGUUUUUCAAGUUUUUCCAUCAGCGUUGUGUGUAUAACUAACCGAAGUGGGCUGUCAGCAGAAAUGCUGUUCAAAUGUUCUUUUAAGUGAUUGGACUUGUUGAACACCUUUUUAAAUUUUUGUUUUUAGUUUGGAGUAGAAAAUAGGGACUAAUGACACUGUGUGAAAAUGAACUCAAAUACUUUUGCAGUGUGGAAUGCAAAUUGGUGAAAAACGUCACGGAUUGCUGGUAAGACAAAAAAAAAGGAUGCUCCUUUGAGAAAAUGAUGUUUUUGUUGUUUUUUUUGUUUUUUAAGUUUGAUGUAAAGCCCAAGCGAUGUCAGAACGAAGUCCGUGUUUAGUUCAUUUCUUUUCUUAUUUUUUUUUUUGUACUGGUACUUUUAUUUGGAAAGAAAAAGAUUUUGUAUUUGAAGUAUUGAUUUGCACAUGACGGCGUGUACUGUAAAAUUUGAACUAUAAUGCUGAGAGACUGUGUUUGCUCAUGUAGCGGGGAAUUUUUCUCCCUCAUGUUUUGCAUGCGAGUUUGAUGUCUUUGAAUAAUGUAUUAGUCAGUACAUUCAUUUCUACAGUUUAUGUCUCAGGCAUCGUGAAUCGAGUUAGUACAUUUUCAUUUAACUGUUACUUUUUUAAAAAAAAAAAACAACUUGUAAUCACAUGCCUUCAUUCUUCAGGUUUAAAGUGUGGGGUGGAGAAGAUGACCCGAGCAUUAAAUCAGCUCUGUUGAGGUUCAUAUAAAAUUAGUAACGCAGUCUUGGCAGGUUUCAACACUCACAUCGACUUCUUUGUUUUGUUUUCACUCCCGCUGAAGUGUUUUUUCACCACAAUAUGCCAGCUUCAUUUGUUUGACUUUUGAAGCAUUUUAAUAAAGAGGUUCUCAGUUUUUAAAUUCUGUUUUGUUUAUGUUUCUU